ACUGCUCAGUGACGUGUUGGUGGUGGCUCACACCGUCGCUAACGUAUUCCGUCACACACUUUAUUUCUCUUUUCUUUUCUCUUCCAUUCACUGAAAUUGAUGAGAAAUGAUUUGUGUUGUGCACAAUCCACAAUCUGUUUUGUUGUUUUCUUCUCCUCUGACUCCCCGUGUGAAUUUUCUCACGGCGCCUCAGAGUCUCAACCGAGUUUGAGAGAAACGGGAGACUUGAGGGCUCAAGUCGCCAUGUACCUGGGGAUCAGAAAGGGGAAAUGAAAGACGGUAAGCCCCGCUCCCUCAGAUUCACUUGGAAUAUGAGAACCACCAGCUCCAUGGAGCCCUGCGACAUCAUGAGGGAGAUCCGCAAGGUGCUCGACGCCAACAACUGCGACUACGAACAGCAAGAGAGUUUCCUGCUCCUCUGCGUCCAUGGCGACGGGCGGGCCGAGAACCUGGUCCAGUGGGAGAUGGAGGUCUGCAAGCUCCCCCGUCUCUCCCUGAACGGCGUCCGCUUCAAAAGGAUAUCCGGGUCGUCCAUCGCUUUCAAGAACAUUGCUUCCAAAAUAGCCAACGACUUAAAACUAUGAACAAAAUGACUUAAAAGAUAAGUUAAAAAAAAAAUCUAAAUCAAAUCUAUAUUCAGAGGUAUUUAAGCUGUACAAUCAUCCAAGUAGCAGUUUCCAAAUGUCUCCUUUUUGUCCCCUGGGGCAACCGGGUUCCCGCGGGCACCGUGUUGGUGACCCCUGUUUUGGAUCAAUAAAGUAUUUUUGAAUUGAA